UAACACGGCUGGGUGGAUUUUAACACUGAGGUAGCAGGACAACCCACACAACGAGCACCUGCCACCUCUUUUCCUCUUCAUAAAGUCUUUCACUUCGGACUUUAAGGAAAGCUUUAUGUGGAUGGAGUGGUGAUAAGAGUUUUGGAGCACGGUGCAGGCUAUUUCGAGGGGUUGUGGUCUGAUCAGACGGUUUUUUUUUGACGGCAGGAAAACUUUGGUAACUCGCAAGCUGACCAGCCUCCGUCAAAUGGACAGAAACACGCCGCGUUUGGUAGUUUUUGAGUGUUUUGUGUGUGGUGGGAUUUAUGGAUAGCUUCGUCCGACGCCGCGGAAUGUAACGACCAACACAAACGCCUCAGCCGCCGGAGUUACCUGUAGUGAAGUCUCGGAAGGUUAACUCUGCUGUCAUUUCCAUGGAGACGACCCGGGCCCUCCUCCCACUCCUCCUCCUCUUACUGAGUGUGUGUGCACACAGUUGUCAUGGCAACCUCCGCCCGACCCCCAGAGUGUAUCUGUCUUACAAAGAGCUGCUGGAAACGAGGACCAUCCGGCCAUUCAGCUUUUCCUUCAACACCACCGACUACCGAAUCCUCCACAUGGACCAGGACCAGGGCCGCCUUUACUUGGGCAGCUGCGAGUAUAUAGUCUCUCUGGACAUGCAGAACAUCAACAAGGAGCCACUAAUUAUCCACUGGCCUGCUACUGGCCAAAGAAAAGCGGAGUGCAAGAUGGCAGGAAAAGGAGGACAAGGAGAGUGUGCAAACUUUGUGCGCCUGAUCGAGCCAUGGAACAGGACCCAUCUGUACACAUGUGGUACUGGAGCUUACAAGCCCAUCUGCACCUUCGUAAACAGAGGCUGGAGGGCUGAGGAAUACCUCUUCCGACUGGUGCCUGGCUAUGUGGACUCUGGAAAGGGAAAAUGCCCCUAUGAUCCACGCCAAGAAAAUGCUGCCGCUUUAAUUAAUGGGAACCUGUAUGCUGGAGUGCAUGUAGACUUCAUGGGCACAGACCCAGCCAUAUUCCGGACCCUAGGAGACAGACCUGCUGUCAGGACAGAGCAGUACGACUCACGGUGGCUCAAUGAGCCUGUGUUUGUAAAAAUUCAGAAAAUUCCAGAUAGCACAGAGAAGAAUGAUGACAAGCUGUACUUUUUCUUUCGGGAAAAGAGUUUGGAUGCAGCAGGAGGCAGCACCCCCAGUGUGCUGGCCAGAGUGGGCAGAGUUUGUCUGAAUGACGAUGGAGGUCAAAGGUCAUUGGUAAAUAAGUGGACAACUUUCCUGAAGGCACGCCUGGUCUGUUCUGUAAUUGGGACGGAUGGAGUCGAGACAUAUUUUGAUGAACUAAGGGACGUCUUCAUUCAGCGGACUAAUGAUGAACGCAAUCCCAUGGUGUAUGCUCUCUUCUCCACUGCUGGGUCUGUGUUUAAAGGUUCAGCAGUGUGUGUGUACUCCAUGUCUGACAUCAGAAAUGUCUUUAAUGGACCCUUUUCUCAUAAACAUGGGCACAACUACCAGUGGACACCUUACACUGGAAAAAUUCCUUAUCCUCGCCCAGGGACAUGCCCUGGAGGAACAUUCACUCCUGGAGUCCACAGCACCAAAGCCUUCUCUGACGAAGCUGUCAACUUUGUUCGCGCUCACCCUCUAAUGUACCAUCCCAUAUACCCUACACACAAGCGCCCCCUUGUGGUGCGGACAGGAGUGGACUACCGUUUCACCACUAUCGCUGUGGACAUGGUGGAUGCUGUGGAUGGGAGAUAUGAGGUGCUCUUUUUGGGAACAGACAGGGGAACAGUCCAGAAGGUGAUUGUACUGCCGAAAGAUACGAGCACGACAGAAGAGCUCAUUCUUGAAGAGGUGGAAGUUUUUAGGUCACCAGCCCCAGUGAAAACGCUGAAAAUUUCCUCUAAAAGGCAACAGCUGUAUGUGUCAUCGGCACGAGGACUUACCCAGGUGUCUUUGCAUCGGUGUCCUGCUUAUGGUAAAGCCUGCUCUGACUGCUGCCUGGCCAGAGACCCUUACUGUGCCUGGGAUGGAGAGAGUUGCUCUGCUUUCACCCCCGCCACCAAGAGGAGAAGCAGGAGACAGGAUAUCAAACAUGGCGAUCCGUUACGUCAAUGCAGAGGCUUCAACUCUAAAGUAGAGAAGCGUCUGAGGGAGACAGUGCAGUUCGGGGUGGAGGGCAGCAGUGCGUUUCUGGAGUGCCAGCCCAGGUCUCCUCAGGCUACUGUGAAGUGGUUCUGUCAGAAAGAUGGAAAACGUAAAGCGCUCACUCGUGAUAAAGAUGUUCUAAAGACAGCUCAUGGCAUUCUGCUGAAAUCUCUGAGCCAAUCAGACGCCGGCCUCUACCACUGCCUGGCCACGGAGAACAACUUUAAGCACACGGUGGCUCGCGUGGCCCUGCGCAUCCUCGACCGUGAGAUCGUGGAGGCCCUGACGGCUCCAGACGGCCCCUCAGAUCCCGAGCGCCAUCACCAAAACGACAAGCAGCACCGCCCACCUCCUCCUCCUCCCCCACCUCAAACCCUGCCCCCACCUCUCCAGAUGCACCCACAGCCCGAGGUGACGCUCAUCAACCAGUACUGCCAGACCUACUGGAAACAGCCUCCCAAGCCCAAGCGCACUAACCGCAGGCAUACAGAGAAAUCAGAGCCUGAGGAGCUGCAGGUGCAGUGAUCAUGUUGAGUGAAAAGCCACUUUUUGGUUGCAUUCUGUGCAUUGUGUGAGCAGGCAGAUUCACUAUAAACUGUUUCUAAGCUUAAUGUCAUGUUCAUCCCCUGGGGCCACGCACAAGGUCAAAGCUAAUAGACUUAUUUUAUACAUUUGGAAUUUUACACUGCAUGUUGGACAUUGGGUAAGACGCAUGGUGCUGUUCCUUCAGCUCGGUUUUUACUUUGGCUUUGACACAAAUUACAAUUCAUGUCUACAUGUUUGCUGUGCAGUGCAUUUUGGAAUCAUUUACAUUCACUGAGCUAGCAGUUUAGCAGGUAUGCUACACCUACAUUGUAUCUACGCACUUUUCUCACUGAUUAUCAGUCACAUCUGCCUAUAGUAAGUGUUUAUGUUUCCAAAAAAACACAGAAAACUGAUUCACACCAGCAUUACGUAUAUAAGGAUUAAUCUGUUUUGUUUACCAUUGAUAAUUUAAAGAGCGAAAAAAAAAAAAAAAACAGUGUUCCAUAAACUUUGUAGUUGUGUAACUCUGCUCCUUUGCAGUGCUUGUAUUUAAAGCUUGUUGUGUUGAGUCAGAUGAUUGUUAGUCCUCAGUGUGUGGAAAACAGCAGUGGAAGAAAAAUGCUGUGCAGGACUUCUAUAUGAUUCCACCAUCUUUCAUGGCACAGCUGUCUGCUGAUUCAUCAAAAAAGAAGCCUUUCGGUCCAGUAUUUGGAAGUAAUCAUGACAUGCAUUAUGCUGACCAAUAUUAAUGUAAUCAAGACCAAGGGUGAAUUAUAAUCAGGAUUUGUAAAGGUAGAUGUGGUAGCGUUCCUUUUCGGUUUUUGAUAGUACGUACUCUUGAGCUAGUCUGCAUCAGACAAAUCACAGCUGCAAAUUAUGAACUCGAGUGUCCUAAUGUGUUUAUUUAUAACGAUUAAUAGCAAACAGUGUUUAUAACAAUUUUUGCAAUAGUCCUAUGAAAGUCCCAAGUGGCAUUAUUACCAGGUAAUUAUAAGUAAUUAUUACUCUAAAAGCUAAACUCUACUCUGUUCUAUUAAUAUUGAGGAGAUAUUAAAGAAAUCUACUAGGAUUUGGAGGUGGUUGCAGGUUCACUGGAAGGAUAAGAUACUUUUCAGCAAGAUAGAUGUAUGGACCAAAAUCUGCUCCAGCCUCCUGUCAUAGUAAGAGGGAUCUGCAAGAAAAUACGUAAAUACUGUAGAGGAAGGUGGGAAGCUUUGAAAAUGGAAGCACUAGCUCACACACACACACACACACACACAAAAAUGAGAAUAUUGAGGUAGAGUCAAACACAUUUUUAUGGCUCUGGUACAUUUUUGCAUAUGAAUAGAAGCACAUACUCCUAGGGGAAAAUAACAGUCUACUUGUUUCUGUCCUGUGAAACAAAGUCAUGUGCUGGGAAAGUGAUGUGGGACAACCAUCUACGGUAUUUUUCUUGCAUAAUCAGAAUCACGGUCAUAUUUUGCUGGGAAUUUUUGUAACUUGUUAUGGUUGCAUCCUCCAGAUAAAACACACACAAAAAUAGUCGUUCUGUAACUCCUGCAGCGUUUGCAUAUCAGUGGUAGAUGUUUCCUGUGGUCAGCUGUGGUCUUGUGCUUGUGUAAAGGCAGUCCUUGUGUUUGGUUUUGUGUAUGAUUAUUACACAUGUACAUAAAAGUGGUAGGUAUUUGAUUGUUGGUCAAAUUUGAACUCUAACCUAUUUCUCUCUCUCUCUCUCUCUCUGUCUGUCUCUCUCUCUCUCUCUCUCUCUCUCUCCACACAACAUAUUUAUUUUGAGAAUGUACAUAUUCAUGGCCAUUGUACUGUUUGGUGGUGGAAUACGAGUGGGAAUAGCAGAUUUUAUUGUUUGUACUCACUAACAGGACCAGUACAGAAUAUACAGACUCACAGAGAUGCUUGUAGCAAAAUGGUGCAAGUUGGGGUUUUUUCUGCAGUUGUGAUGAUAUUCAACAGUCUAGUUUGUUUCAUGGACAUGGGUGGGUUUUUUUGUUUGUUUGUUUGUUUGUAUUAGUUUUGUUUUGUUUUUUUGGGAGGGUUUGGUAGUAUGUUGAAUACAGUGUGAGAAAGAAUGAAAUAAUGUUUCAGUGCAGUUCAACUGACAGGUAAGAAAAAAAUAUAAAAUGUAAACUUGUCAUUUGACUAGAAAAAAGUCAAAUAAUUUUGUAUGAAAAGUUUAUGGACAAUACAGAAAAAUCCUCGUCAGUGAUAUGUAUGUAUGUAUAUUUAGGCCAGAAAGCACAGCGAUGCUGUCUGGGGACUUGCACAAAAGUCUGAACCGUAAUCGUUUUUAGUCUUUUAAAUGUUAUUGUGGUGAAAGAUAUGGGCUUUUAGAGGAAAUGUCGUAUGCAACCCAGAUGAUGUUCGUUCUUCUGUAUCUUUGCUCAAGUGGCUGCAUAUUACAACAAUUCUCUUAUGUAUUCACCGUGUUUUUGUUAGCUUAAGUUAACGUGGUCAUUUGUAAUAAAUAAUAUUUUAUUAUGAUUAUAUUGUGAGGUUGGAAAUACUCAUAGAUGUUUUAUAAUCAUAACAAUAAACUGCUGUAUUUGUUCUUAUGUAACCUCUGCUUUUUUAGUCUUUUUUAAUGAAGCUGUUAUCAAAAUAUCUAGAAACUAGGAAGACUUCAUCAUAUUUAAAGAUUUCCAGUUUAUAAAAUGAUGCCAUGAGUUUAAUCCAUCAGAGCAAGUUCAGGCUUUUUUUCCAGUUCAGUUCCAGUUCUUUGUAUGGACAAUACCGUAUUGA